UAACAAGCAAUAUGGCGAAGUAAUUGAAGUGUUUUUUCGUUUGAAGAGUAUUUUUGUGGAAUUUUUGUUUAUAAAUGGAGUAUACUGGUAGUUCGUACGACGGAGAAUUUCAUAAUGGAAGAAUGGAAGGGAAUGGCGCAUACAAGCUUCCCGAAGCUUUGAGCUCUAAAUAUGUGGGACAAAUGAAGGAUGGGAUGUUUCAUGGCUCAGGUACAUUGUUCUUUGAUAAUGGCAGCAAGUACGAAGGAAAAUGGGAAAAUGGUAUUGCACUAGAGGGUCAAUUUACGUUUCAUGAUGGUCUGGAGUAUAAACAUCAGGAAUGGGAAUACUGUGAUGGUUAUGACAGACGAUUUUAUACCGAAAUUUGCAACGGAUUGAGACCUGCAGGUCGUUCCCAGCUCACCAAUCGCGUGCCACCACGUGACAUUCUCGAAGGCUGCUAUGACUGUGGUGACGGUUUUUACAACCCAGUGACGCGUAUUGUUGUAGAUUAUGAAGGGCAAUUCUUACGAAAUGCGGACGAUGACGAGCAUGCGUGGAUCAUGAAAACAUGUCGUAAAGGAUGGGAUGAAAAUGUUGGAGGAAAAUUAAGAGAUUUUGCUGCAAAAUAAUCGGGAAUUUUCUCAAAGCGUUAGCAUAUCAUGUAAAUAACAUAUAAGAAACAAAUAAAAGUAAACUUAUCGUCUUCUGUGAGAUAAAAA